AUGUUGUUAACAGGCUACAACGAAGACAUUGAGGAAUUUCCCUCUCUCAAGGGAGACAGAGCUGACAACCUGAAAGACCAAAGCAUUGGGGACGUCAUUUCUGUCAAUGACAAUGACAAUGACAACGCCACAAGAGACAUCAGCAUCAGCGAAAUAGACUCAAGCAGUUCAGCUGACUUUGGGUUGAACUGUGAUGCUCCCCAUUCUACGUCCAACGUGACCGCCUCGAGUGAAACGGCCCCACUUCUACUGGGUGACUUCAUUGCUCCUAUUACUUAUGAGCACCUGCAGACCACGACAGCUGAGACGCCAGUGGUGACGGCCGAACCGCCGUUAGAUAAUUACCCCUUCCGUCAAAUAUUUCUCCGUUCAACUUAUCCUCUGAACUUUAUUCGAUCGUCUCUGGUAUUAGGCGUAUGUACCACUCAGCCACAAGGUGGCCCUUGGGUCAUUUAUGGCAGUCAGUGGAAGGUGCAACUCAAGGACGCACCAGAGUCCAAGUAUACACAAGGGUCCAAGGAUACCCAGAGGUUGACCGUCCAUUUUGAUUCGACUUAUGAUGUUCAUGCUGGAGAUGAAUUUAUCAGAAAGCAGCUUGCUGGACUACUAAAGGAGAUGACUGGUGAAAUGAGUGAGACAAGCCCAUUGAUCCAGUCAGCCAAGCAAAAGCAGUUGGAGAUUUGCGGGAAAUUAAACAGCAUGACUGUUGAUGAGCUGACUGAGUUGUGCGGAAAUUCGUGUCGUAAACAAACAGCUUUCCUAGAUGGUGCUUCAUGGGCCAGAGAUGUCGCACAACUCCUGGAAAGAAGACUGCAAGAGGUGGAGCCGUGGACGCAAGUGUUGACUUACAAUCCAGAAAGGUCACAAGAGUACCGAGAAGCAUUGCACAUUUACGGAACCAAUGUCCCAAACGGUUGGAACUUUGAGCAGGGUCGCCUUUGA